CCUAAACAAACACACGACACAGCAUCUUUCAUCUCCUCUCUUUCUAUUUCAGAUUCAGACACAAACCUCGUUUCAUUUAUAAACUCCAACCUUUCACUAAUUCAAACUCAUUCACCUUCCCAUAACAGAGAGAGAGAGAGUUCACUCACUAUGGAUAACUCAUAUCAAAAUGACAAAACUACCCCUCUAUGUUUUUUCUUCAUCUUCAUAUUUUUCUCCGGCGUCCCCUUCGCCGGAGCACAAACCAACGACAACACAAAUGAUAACUCAUAUUACAACCGUGUAAGCCCUUCCAUGGCUAUAAUAAUCGUAAUCCUCGUAGCUGCUCUUUUUCUCAUGGGUUUCUUCUCAAUCUACAUCCGUCGAUGCGGCGACUCACCUUCCAACAGCAUCCGAAACAUGGCAGGAGGUUUAGCCGGACGUUCAAGACGGGCGGCGCGUGGUCUCGACGCUUCGGUGAUUGCGACUUUCCCGAUCUUUGAAUACUCGACUGUGAAGAUUCAUAAAAUCGGAAAAGGCGCGUUGGAAUGUGCUGUUUGUUUGAACGAGUUUGAAGAGAGUGAAACGCUGCGUUUGAUUCCAAAGUGUGAUCAUGUUUUUCAUCCUGAGUGUAUUGAUGAAUGGCUUGGUUCACAUACCACUUGUCCGGUUUGCAGAGCUAAUUUGGUUCCUCAACCGGGUGAAUCGGUUCACGGUAUCCCAUCGAUUAAUACCGAACCACAAGAUAUUGAAGCUCAAAACGACGCUGUUGAAUCGGUUCAUGAACAUCAAAACGCAGACGGUUCUGUAAAAGUCGACCCAACCGAACCAGAAGUGCUGACUGUAAGCCAGACGCUGAACCGGAACCGUACGAGAGGUUCACAGUCUGGUCGGCCACGUUGGUUUCAACGGUCUCAUUCAACCGGUCAUUCAUUGGUUCAACCGGGUGAGAAUACUGAACGGUUCACUUUGAGGCUACCAGUUGAAGUGAGGAAACAAAUACUACAGAACCCGGAAUUGCAUAGGGCUAGAAGCUUAGUUGUGUUGCCAAGAGAAACUAGUUCACGUAGGGGUUAUCGAACCGGUGGUGGUGAGGGAAGUAGUAGAGGGAAGUCUGUAAGGCGGUUGGACCGGGGUUUAUUAUCAGACCGGUGGGUUUUUACAAUGGCGCCACCUUUCCUUGUAAGAGCCUCGUCGAUGAGGUCACCAAGGGUGGCUAGUAGCGCCGGUGAAGGUACAUCUGCUUCAGCAGCUACGGCGGCGGUUGUUGAGUCGCCACGGCCACCGGUUUAAUUGUCUGUUUCGGCCAUUCCCUUUUACAAUUUCAUUGUAUUUAUUUAAAUUUUUUUAUAUCACGAAUUAGUGUUUAUUUUUCACGAAUUAGUUUUUAGUGUCAAAUUUUGUAAAGUGUAUAAUCCAGCACAUUGUUGUUUUAAUUUAAGAUAAAUAUAGUCAUGAUAUACUGGACAAUUUCAUGA